AAGAAAAGAUAGGCGAGCUCCCCUACUCUGCCAGGUGAAAGCAGCAAACCAAUAGCAGCCCCCUUGGCAAGAGAUGGGCUCCUUCUUUAGCACCCUGUUUGAUAACUGCAUCCAGGUUCAAUACGUCCCACUUGCCUUCCAUCCAAAUACCAAAGGAUCCCAGAUCAUUUUAGAUGUGUCGCAGUAUAUAGCCACCAGAGCAGCCACCUUCCAUGAUGGAAUUGUCUUCUCCAAUCGGCCAAUUAAAGUUAAUGAGAAGGUGACACUGGAAAUCCUAAAGGAAGAUAACAGAUGGUUUGGGGGCUUAAGGUUGGGCUUCAUCUCAGAGCAUCCCUCCUUGAUGGACUCCAGGGAUCUGCCUCCAUUUGCUUGCCCCAAUCUGGUCAAACAAGGGAAGUGCUGGGCUUCUGUCUUACCAGAUGAAUAUGUUGGUGAGGGCACUAUUGUCAGCUUCUGGGUGAACAAGAAAGGCUGUGUUUUCUUCAGUGCCAAUCAUGAGUUUGACAGUUACUUACUGCUUGAAGACGUCCCAGUCAAAAAGCCUCUCUGGGCAGUUAUAGACAUCUAUGGAAGAACUAAAGCCAUCCAGCUUCUAGAUCCAUCAAGACCAAAGAUAUACAUGUAUGAGUCAGGCCAAAAGCUGUUGAAUGCAGCUGGACAGAAUGAGUCUGUAUGGAGGAAUUGCUACGAAGAAAAUAGCAUUGGCAAAGAAUGUGCUGUCUGCCUCCACCAUAAGGCCAACACAAUGAUGCUUCCUUGCUGCCAUGCUAACUUUUGCUCCUGUUGCGCCACAAGAAUUCUCUACAGCAGCAGCUGCUGCCCUUUGUGUCGGCAGAAAGUCGAGAAAAUAGUUCAAGACUCUGGUUGGGCUGAGAAAGGAAUCCCAGCAAACUGGCUGGGAGAAGGAAAGGACAGCCAACCUCCUCCCUGACAAAAGAUUAACCUUAUUCAUGGACCUGUAAUAUUUCCAUCUUGAUGGGAACAAAAAAAAAUGCAAAAGGUAAAGUGGACUGAAGGGAGCUAGAAACGAUAAAGUGGGGAGAAGGGGAAAUUCCCCCAGAGCCUGCAGGAGAGUCAAAAGAUCAUAAAGCAAUCCAAAGUAGGAGAGAGGUAGAUGAUUUCUCAUCCUUUGCUGAAAAGGAAAUUAGCCACACCUUGCCUUCCAGGAAACAAUCAAGAAGUACAUUUAAUGUAUCACACUGGAAGAAAUAAGCAGCCCCAAUAAAACAGCUUAUAAGGUGUCAGAUGGUUGUUCCCCCUGCCUUUAACGGCAGCCUGACAUACGGGAAUCAAAUAGGGUGGAUUCCCCACCCCAGCAUGGAGAUAAAGUGAUGGGAAAAGAGUUCGCCUGCUAAUUUUGUAACAGGUCAGGCUGCCUUAAAGGCGCACACAUACAGAACCAGUAAGAACCAUGGCAGUCUUUUUGGGGUGUGUGGUAACACUUCUCAUCCUACUUGAAUGGUAUAGUAUAUUGUUCAUUACCUCACAAGGGAUGUUUCUGGAAACACAGGCAAUGAUUAACUUGAUAUACCAUCUGUCUUAAUUUUGUUUAUUUGGGGGUGGGGUUUAUAACUGUAUUUUGUAUAUGUACUGUAUUUGUUUUUAUACUUUUUUAUUUUCCAGAUAAUUAUAAAAUAAAAUACACAUGGCAUGCUUCU